AAACUCACCUUUUCCCUCUUGCUCCUUCGGCUGUGUCUCCUAUCUCAGCUCCUCCACGUCUUUAAGGAUGCCGGAAGGUCCAGAAUUGUUUCUAAACAGCCGGUACAUCAACGAGGAGUGCGGGGGUCUCGUUUUCUCGGGUAAAGUGGAGAAGUCGGAAGUGAGCAAGAAUCCGGAAGUGCCCUUUGAGAGUGACAGGUACCGGAUCUCGGCCGUGUCGAGGGGCAAGGAGCUGAAGCUCACCCUCACGCCUCUCAAACAGGAGGGCCCUGCUCCGUCCAAAAGGCGGGUCUCUGCAGCCCAACGUAAGCAGGCAGCUCAAGGGCCAAUGGAUCUCGUCUUCCGUUUUGGUAUGUCCGGCAACUUCAAAUUUGUCCCCGUGUCCGAGAUGCCAAAGCAUGCGCACCUGCGCUUCUACACCCGAGGAAGCCCACCCCGCGCCCUCUGCUUCGUGGACUUCCGCCGAUUUGGCCGGUGGGAGGUGAGCGGUUCCUGGCAGGUGGACCGAGGGCCCUGUGUGAUGCUGGAGUAUGAGAAGUUCAGGGAGAAUGUGCUGAGGAACCUCUCGGACAAGGCUUUUGACAAGCCCAUCUGUGAGGCUCUGCUAAACCAGAAGUUUUUCAACGGUGUUGGCAAUUACCUCCGGGCUGAGAUUCUCUACAGGUUGAAAAUCUCUCCCUUUGAGAAGGCACGGACUAUUCUGGAGGACCUGAAGCCCCAGGAACAGGCAUCUGGACUAACCUCUAGGGAAAAGGUGAAGCUGAAACGGGAAAACCCCGACUUGCUGGAGCUCUGUCACCUGGUGCCCUUGGAGGUUGUGAAUCUGGGUGGCAAAGGUUAUGAUCCCGUCAGGACGUCUGAUUACACCAUCUUCCAGAAGUGGACUCAGUGCUAUUUCGUUCCAGGCAUGCAGACCCUGCGCGAUGCCAACGGCAGGACCAUCUGGUUCCAGGGCAAUCCUGGACCGAUGGCCCCAAAAGGAGGAAAGCCACGCAAGAGACAGUUGCAGGUAAAACCCGAUCCUGAUACCUCAAGCUCCAAGGUCAAAAAACUGGAGACUAGCAGUUCUGCGACCAGUAUUCCUCGGAAAGAUGUUGUGGGAACAAGGAAGUCUGGAAGGAAGAAAGGGAACAGAAUUGUCCCCCAAACAGAGGACCACACCAUGGUUAAGGAAGCCAAGUUACCAAACACCAGAACUCGGAGAAAGGUUUCUGCCUUGCAGCAAUCUCCGGCACCAGAUUCUGCGGCUGAAUCCCAGAAGAGGCGAGCGUCAACCCGGAAAACCAGAGGUAAGAAGAGAUGUGAUCUGGCUUCAGGGGUCCUUAGGUGGCUUUAUAGAGCAAAUGAAACUCAGCCACAGCAGAGAUGGGGAACCUGCGGCAUAGAUCUGUGGUUACCAAAGGGGGGGGUUCAGGCCACGGUCUCAGCCCUGAUUCCAAACAGCGAGUAG